ACGUUCUAGAGCGCAAUUUUCGAAAUUCGUGAUAUGUUUGCUGGAAUGAGUUUCCUUAGAUGGGUUCGCGUUUCUAGAGGUCGGAAGCAGAUUCCACCUAUGGGCGCCUUAACCCGUAAUCGCAAGCGUGGUAACGUGUUCUUCACGGUGAAUCAGCCGCCUUUGUAUUGCAAUUGUUAUGCUCCUCGUCAAUCUAAGAAGCCUAGAUUAUCUUCUGCGUUACAACGUCCAGAACAACCCGUUGUUUCGUCUAAUAAAACGGUUUCCAGGCGUUCACGGUAUCCCGACGCCAUAACUAAAAUCCGCAGAGAGGUUCGUGCCCCUCGUAGAGUACUCAAGUUCGGGUUGUCAAAGCGUUUGAGACCAAAAACUACUAGAAAUAGUAAUUUUGUUGAUGCGGGAGACGACAUGGGAGGCUUUUUGAGCAAUAAUUAUGGUAAUGCGAAGGAGAGGGCUUUUGAUGUCUUAAGGUAUAUUACAAAGGAGAAGGAAGUGAUUGACGUGGAUGAUGAUUCUGGAAAGGAAUUGAUAAUGGAGGAUUACAUUGUAGUUCAAGUUUCUAUUUUGCGUAAUUAGAAUUGCUUAGCUGAUUUUGUUGC